AUGAAGAUAUUUGAAACAGCCCUUCUCGCCGCCACACUCGGGUUGGUCUGUGGCAAGCCAGCAAGCACAACCACGGCUUUGAAUGGUCGAGACGGCCGUGCUGAAAACCCAAACUUCCCCGUAUUGAUGGACCUCACACAGCAGAAGCUUGGUGUUCUUGACGAUUUCAAGACAAAGCUUGAUGCCUUCGAAGAUUUGACGAAUUAUUCUGACCCUCUUGAAGCGUUCAACAAGAUCUCUGAUGCCAUUGAAGACUUCAAGACGCUCAUUUGGCGCAUCGAGAGCCUCGAGGUCCUGACAGAGGGCGCGUUGAACGCUGAUGUGUUACGGUACUCGAAGCCAAUUCCUAUCACCGCUUGA